AUGUCAAAACAACAUUUGAUAAUAGAUAAUGGUUCAUAUAAUAUUAAAGCUGGCUUUAAUCUAGAUACAGAAAAUACAAAUCAUAACAAUAAUGAUGAUGAUACUGUGCUAUCGAAACCUGUAAAAAUAUUCAAUGCAAUAACUAAAACAAAAGAUGGUUUAAUACAUAUAGGAAAUCAAUUUAAAUCUCAUUCCAAUGCAUAUUCUGGUUUACAAAUUAAAAGACCAUAUGAUCAAGGGCAUUUAACAUCUUGGGAAACCGAAAAACCAAUAUGGGAUUAUACUUUUGAUCAAAUUCAAUCACAUAAAGAAAUUGAACCAUCUGAAAUUCAUUUAAUUUUAACUGAAACUCCAUUUCAAUUACCUCAAUUAUCUUCAAAUACUGAUCAAAUAAUAUUUGAAGAAUAUGGAUUUAAUGAUUAUUAUAGAUGUAUACCUGCUUCAUUAGUUCCUUUUAGUGUUGAUCCAUUAUCAGUAAAUCAAGAUUUUACUUUAGUGAUUGAUUCAGGUUUUAAUUCAACUUGGAUUAUACCUAUGAUUUAUCAAAAAGUAUAUUGGGAAGGUGUAAAAAAAUUACCAGUUGGAGGGAAUUUAUUGAAUGGAUUAUUAAAAGAAAUUAUAAAUUUUAGACAUUAUGAUAUUUCAGAAGAUCCAAUAUUAAUAAAUACAAUAAAAGAAUCUACAUGUUUUAUAGCAGAAGAUUUUAAUAAAACUUUACAAAAUAAAAAGGAACAAAUGUGUGAAUUUAUAUUACCUGAUUUUAAAACUACAACUACUGGAUUUGUUAAGACUAAAGAUUCACCAUCAAUAUCACAAGAUUCUCAAAUUUUAAAAUUAUAUGAUGAAAGAUUUGUAGUACCAGAAACUUUAUAUCAUCCAGAAAUAAUAUUUGAAAUGAAUUCAACCACAGCAUCAAGUUCAGUAAUACAAUCUGCACCAAUUAAAAAUUUGACGGAUUUAAUCGUAACAAGUAUAAUGACAUGUCCCGAAAUUACAAGACCUUUAUUACUGUCAAAUAUAGUUCUAGUUGGUGGUACAACAAAUCUCAAAAAUUUCAAAUCAAGAUUGACUAAUGAAUUAACAAAAGAAUUACCACUGAAAUGGGUUGUUAAAGUUCAUGACAAUCAAAAUGAUAUUCCACAAGAUGAAAUGAGUUGGUAUGGAGGAUUAAACUUGUCAAAUGAUGAUAUACUAAAUAAAAUAUCAAUUUCCAAAAAGGAAUAUUUCGAACAUGGAAGUAAUUGGUGUCAAAAACAAUUUGGUUUCAAGAAUAUUUAG